GCCAUUGAUAAAAUUAUAGCUCAGCAGAGUAAUGGACUGAGGAAGUUUGUAGCGGAUGAAUCUUGAAUCCUGAGGAAACGGAGGUAAAGUAAUCGACAACUCAAGCGGGGAAGAUGAUGCUGGAUCUAGGUCCGUUCUCCGACGAGAAAUUCGACCCCAAGAAAUGGAUCAACGCCGCUUGCCAGUCCCGGCACCCGCAGGAAUCCCUCGACGACCACCUCGUCGAUAUGGAAAUGAAGCUGCAGAUGAUGUCCGAGGAGAUCGCGGCGUCGCUGGAGGAGCAAAGCGCCGCCGCGCUCCUCCGUGUCCCUCGCGCGACUCGUGACGUUGUUCGCCUCCGCGAUGAUGCCGUUUCGCUGCGCAGCUCGAUCUCCGCAAUCCUUCAGAAGCUCAAAAAGGCGGAGGGAUCUUCGGCUGAAUCUAUAGCGGCUCUUGCUAAAGUUGAUACCGUAAAGCAGAGAAUGGAAGCUGCAUACGAGACUCUACAGGAUGCAGCGGGGUUAACCCAAUUAAGUUCUACAGUGGAGGAUGUGUUUGCCAGUGGUGAUCUUCCUCGUGCUGCGGAAACAUUGGCCAAUAUGAGACACUGCUUAUCUGCUGUUGGCGAGGUUGCUGAAUUUGCUAAUGUGAGAAAGCAACUUGAGGUCUUGGAGGAUAGGCUUGAUUCCAUGGUGCAGCCUCGUCUAACCGACGCAUUAUCAAACCGCAAGGUUGACGUUGCACAGGACUUGCGUGGAAUUCUGAUGAGAAUUGGCAGGUUUAAGUCUCUGGAGAUGCACUAUACUAAAGUUCAUUUGAAGCUCAUCAAGCAGUUGUGGGAAGAUUUUGAUACAAGGCAGCAAGCUGCCAAGCAAGCAAAUGGGAGGAAUGAGUUCGAAAGGACAUCAGGCAACAAUGAUUUGCCAACAGUUCCGUUCUCAAGUUGGUUGCCGAGCUUCUAUGAUGAACUGCUGAUGUAUCUUGAACAGGAAUGGAAGUGGUGCAUGGUUGCGUUCCCUGAUGAUUAUAAGAUGCUGGUACCGAAGCUACUAGUUGAGACAAUGGCAGCUGUAGGAGCAAGUUUUGUCUCUCGUCUUAACCUUGCCACUGGAGAAGUCCUUCCUGAAACUAAAGCACUUUCAAAAGGCAUACUGGAUAUUUUGUCGGGAGAUAUGCCAAAAGGCAUCAAGAUUCAGACUAAGCACCUGGAAGCACUAAUCGAAUUGCACAAUACAACUGGUACCUUUGCAAGGAAUAUCCAGCACUUAUUUUCAGAAUCUGAUCUUCGAGUUCUCAUGGAUACACUGAAGGCUGUUUACCUGCCCUAUGAAUCGUACAAACAGAGGUAUGGACAGAUGGAGCGUGCCAUCCUGUCGUCUGAGAUUGCUGGGGUUGAUCUAAGAGGAGCGGUUACUCGUGGUGUGGGAGCCCAAGGAAUUGAACUGAGUGAAACAGUACGAAGGAUGGAAGAGUCUAUCCCACAAGUAAUUGUUCUUUUAGAAGCUUCUGUUGAGAGAUGCCUCAGCUUUACUGGUGGGUCUGAGGUGGACGAGCUGCUUCUUGCACUCGAUGAUAUAAUGCUCCAGUACAUCUCUUCUCUUCAAGAAACCCUCAGAUCAUUAAGGGCUGUCUGUGGAGUGGAUAAUAAUACUAUUGAUCCCAAGGAAGGGACUCAAAGUACACGGAAAGCUGACUUGUCCUCAAACGAAGAGGAAUGGUCAAUUGUCCAGGGUGCCCUUCAAAUACUCACAGUUGCAGACUGUUUGACAAGCAGAUCCUCUGUGUUUGAAGCAUCCUUGAGAGCUGCUCUAGCUAGAAUAAGCACGAGUCUGUCAUUUUCUGUGUUUGGAUCAAGUUUGGACCACAACUAUUCGCAUGGGGGAAAUAAUGAUGGAGAUGGAGAACCUUCUUUGGGUGGAAGAGCUGCUUUGGACGUGGCAGCUGUACGUCUCGUCGAUGUUCCUGAGAAGGCCCGGAAACUAUUUAACCUAUUGGAUCAGUCUAAAGACCCGAGAUUUCACGCUCUUCCCCACGCAUCACAGAGAGUUGCAGGAUUCGCUGAUACGGUUAAUGAACUUGUGUACGAUGUCCUCAUAUCUAAGGUAAGACAACGCCUGAGCGACGUAUCACGUUUGCCUAUCUGGUCGGCAGUUGAAGAGCAGAGUGCUUUCCAUCUCCCAACCUUCAGUGCCUACCCACAAGCCUACGUAACCAGCAUUGGGGAGUACCUACUCACUUUACCCCAGCAGAUGGAGCCACUUGCCGAGGGCAUUUCAAAUAGUGAUUCCAACAAUGACGAAGCCCAGUUCUUUGCAGCCGAAUGGAUGUUCAAGGUUGCAGAGGGGGCUACUGCUCUUUACAUAGAGCAGUUGAGAGGAAUUCAGUAUAUAACUGACAAGGGAGCUCAGCAACUAGCGGUCGAUAUCGAGUACUUGAGCAAUGUGCUUUCGGCUUUGUCAAUGGAGGUCCCUCCUGCUCUUGCAACGUUUCAGACAUGUCUCUCAACGCCUAGAGACCAACUGAGGAACCUUGUGAAAUCUGAGACCCAACUCGACUUCCCCACGGCAAAUCUUGUUUGUAAGAUUCGGCGUGUCAGCUUAGAUUAGAACAAAGAAAUUGUAUUGCUACAAUUUACGGACUAUAGAAAAUUCUUGCAUCAUAUUGCAAUUCGGCUUCUGAUUCUCGUGCGACCUUAUUUGUGUUAUCCAACACACUACUCUUUUUUCCUUUUGAUCAAGUUACGCUUUUCAUACCACAUUGUAAGCACUGUAUUGAACAUUAGCAAAUUGCUGCAGUCUUUGACAACAAAUUUCGUCACAGUAAGCGAAAUAGAUAACGAAGGUGAAUCCUCCCAUCCAUGACUGGUUCUCACUAAAUUAGAGUCACAUUGUAUUGAUGGCCAAGGCAGUACAAAUAGCCAAGUUCAUUAGGGUUCUAUUCCAUCACACUUAUGCUACAGAACAGAAGGUCGGAUCAAAUAAGCCAGAGUCGUCUUCCUAUCAACAUAUUUCAUCCAGCUUUUUCACCCAAGCGCUUAUCUUUCCUGCAAGCUAGUAUACAAGUACAGCCAUUCUGCAGACAUAUCAUAGGUGCAUUUAAGUUUACCUCACGCACAUCCACACCGGUGCUAGUCCGUAAGCUGGUUUAACCUUUUUAGCAAGUUCUGGUACCACUGAAAACCAGCUCAUAUGCCUGGACAUUAAGCCAUUGAGACCAUUGUGGUGUUGAAACAAGAAAAUGGCAAAGAAGCCAUUACACCUAUGACCAUCCAGCAAACCUACGUUCAACCAGGCUUAACAAUCACUAAUAUGUGAUCACGAACUUGCUAUUAGAUGACUUCAAACUUGCAUUAACAAGGGGUAUUUGAGAUUCCUGGAAACGAACUAGCAGUUCAAAAUAAUGUUACCUCCACUCUAGCUGAGCUGACAUACAAAAUCCACGAUAUGAGGACCAAGAAAAUUCACUGUCAUGGUCAUGAAAGAAAGAUGAUAUUAAUUUGUUACCUUUAAACUAAGACAUGUAAUAUAUCAUCAUUCUAUAGCAGUAGUGACAUUCAACAACAUAAUCUUGAGUCCGCCCCAUCAGAAUUCAGAACAGAUCUGUCAUCAAAUGACACAGAAAGAGAAAUGAAGGAGAAUACCUCUAACAUCGAUGUUCCGUAAUGGCAUAAAGUUCAUCCAAGCUUCAGGUAAACACACGAGUAGCACAAAUUUCAAGUUAUACCUACCUCAACCAAGUUCUCCUCUUAAGAGUACUGAUGAAAGUGGGGUACAGUCUCAUUAAAGCUGUGAUAUAGAAAGAAAGAAAAUUUUGGCAUCCAAGAUGAUGAUUUAGCUGUAGGACUCCAAAGCACUGGUUCAGAAGACUUGAGAUUGAAAAUGACUACCUCAUGGGAUAGCUAAAAGCUCAGACAUCUAUCUACUGAACCCACUAAUACGGACGAGCAGGACUUCUCGAGGACCUCCUUCUACCACUGUGCCUCCCAGGGGACCGUGACCGGCUCCGAUCAUAGUACCUAUCCCUUCCGUUCCUGGAACCCUUUCCACCAUCCCGAUUUCUACCAUUCCUUUCCCUUGACCUUCCAUUGUCACGGUAUCUGUCCCGCUCUCUGUCCCUGUCUCGGUCCUGAUAGCGAUCCCUUUCACCCGAUACACUCCUUCGACUCCUGUCAGGUUCCUUCUCCUGUUGCUUCCUUCGUUCUUCAGCUUCUUUCUCCUUUGCUAAUCUUUCCUCUUCCUUUGCCAUUUCCCUAGCUUCCUGGUACUCACUGAUGAAAUCUCGAACUAAGCCAUAGCCCAGGUGCUGCUUCCCUGUUAUAUGAGAUUGUGUCCUCUCUGCAGCAUCAUUUGCAACCAGAAAAGAACCACAGAUCUCACACAAGGCCAUCUUUUUCUCCGGAAGGACCAGCGGCAAUUUGUCACCCUGUGCUUGAAUCAGCACUUUCUCCACAUUCAAUUCAUCUACCUUUUUCAUAAGAGCUUGAGCUUCAUCAACUUUCCCAGCCUCACCAAGGGCCUCCACUUGCCCCAGCAAAUUCUUUAUCUUCUCUUCAACCACAGCUAAUUGUUCAGACUUCUCGGCUGAUAGUGGAGGAGGCGGUACAGGUUCUUCAUCUUGAGCAAGACGUUCGCGACCACGUCUAACUCUUCUAUCCAAAUCCAUCACCUACAAACAGAUCACACC